CAGGAAUCCAGAUAGUCCACCCACAAGGAGCAGAGAUUGCCACUGUCCAGUUAGAUUCCAGACCACCCUGACGUGUCCGUGGCCUUUUCCCUUGGGUCCCAGUCAGCAUUCAGGGAGACAAGAGAGUGGCGGAAAGGAUGGCAACUGCCCACCCAGCAGGUUGUUACCAGGGCCUGGUGACCUUUGAGGAUGUGGCUGUGGCCUUCACCCAGGAGGAGUGGGCUUUGCUGGACGCAGCUCAGCGAAGCCUCUACCGAGAGGUGAUGCUGGACAACUACGAGAACCUGGCCACAGUGGCAUGCCAGCUCAGUAAACCCAGCCUGAACUCUUGUCUGGAGGAGGAUAAAGAGUUGAGGACGAUGGAGAGAGGUGUUCUUCAAGAAUGGGACAUAUACCUUAAGAACAAGGGACCAGCACUUUGGCAGGACAUUUUUUGGUCACACAGUGCAAACGGGAUGCAACUGGCAAGAAGCCAGAAUGGAGUGGAACUCUGUGACUCUAAGGCUUAUAUUGAAGUCUUCAGAGAAUGCCCAGGCCUUCUGACACAUCUGGGUGCUCCAGAUAGAAGGGACACAUGUCCGUAUGGUGAGCAUGCAAAAGACAUGCCUACUCUGCUCAGGAGUCCUGCAGAGAGCUGUCCAGUGUUCAGUGAGGAUGGGAAAGACUUGAGUGUGACCCCGCGUGUUUACCACACAGCGUGCAGUGACCAUGGCCCAGCCCUCGCAGGCCCAGCACACCGUCAGGCGUGUGGGAAGACCCACGGUGGUGGAGAGCUCUCUGCCUGGAAGCAGUGUGCUAGCACUUUCCCCUCCUCCGUUAGCCAUGCAGAUACACGUGUGCAGGCAGGCACCAGAAGAAAACCCCACGAGUGUGAGCAGUGUGGGAAAAGUUUCAGGUACUUCGCCAACCUUAAUAUGCACAUGCGAACCCACACGGGGGAGAAACCUUACCAGUGUAAGGAAUGUGGGAAAGCCUUCUCUAGGUUUUACCCAUUAACUCAACAUCUGAAAACUCACACAGGAGAGAAGCCCUUUGAAUGUAAGGUAUGUGGAAAAUGCUUUAGAAAUUCCUCCUGCCUCAAUGAUCACUUCCGUGUUCACACCGGACUAAAGCCAUAUAAAUGCAAGGACUGUGGCAAGGCUUUCACUGGGCGCUCUGGUCUCAGUAAACACUUGCCGACUCACACUGGAGAGAAGCCAUACACGUGCAAGGAGUGCGGGAAAGCCUUCACCACAUCCUCGGGCCUUAUCAAGCACACGCAGACACACACGGGGGAGAGGCCCUUCGAGUGCUACCAGUGCGGCAAGGCCUUCGCCUCCUCCUCCUCUCUCAUUACCCAUCUGAGAAUCCACACCGGGGAGAAGCCCUUCGAGUGUCACGCGUGUGGGAAGGCAUUCACGUGUUCCUCUUACCUUCGUAUCCACAUGCGUACUCACACUGGAGAGAGGCCCUACACCUGCAAGGAGUGUGGGAAGGCCUUCACGGAGCGUACAUGCCUCACCAAGCAUUUGCGAACACACACUGGGGAGAACCCCUUCGAGUGCAGCAUGUGUGGGAAGGCAUUUGCGUGUUCGUCCUACCUGCAGAACCACAUGCGAACUCAUACCGGGGAGAAGCCUUACAUCUGUAAGGAGUGCGGGAGAGCCUUCACCGUCUCCUCACAUCUCAGCAAACAUACAAGAAUUCACACCGGAGAGAAACCCCAUAAGUGUAAGGACUGUGGGAAGGCCUUCACCGUGCGCUCCGGCCUCACCAAGCAUUUGCGGACACACACCGGGGAGAAACCCUACAUGUGCAAGGAGUGCGGGAAAGCUUUCACCACGUCCUCUGGCCUCGUUGAGCACGCACGGAUCCACACAGGGGAGAAGCCCUUCGAGUGUUACCAGUGCGGCAAGGCCUUCGCCUCCUCCUCUUACCUCAUCGCCCAUCUGAGAAUCCACACCGGGGAGAAGCCCUUCGAGUGUCACACGUGUGGGAAGGCAUUCACGUGUUCCUCCUACCUGCAGAACCACAUGCGUACUCACACCAGAGAGAAACCUUACAUGUGUAAGGAGUGUGGGAGAGCGUUCACUGUGUACUCACACCUCAGUAAACACGCGAGGACUCACAGUGCAGCGAAGGCCCACAAACAGAGCACAGGCACGCUUCCAGGAGUCCUGCCCAUCUUUCUGAAUGCCUGCAGACACGCUGGAGGGAAAACCUUUGGAGGUGAGGAACAGAGUCACCUCAGCAGCUUCGAGUCCUGA